UCUAAAUAACACGCACACAUAUAACGAGAAAAAGGUAUCCAAGAAGAGCCCGAAGAGGUACACCUAAAAAUCCCUGCAGCACCGUAUGCGUGCCCAAAAACUGAACUGCACGUCCGUCCCACCGUUCGACUACAGUAGCAUCACCCCCUCCCUGUCCCACUCUAUACCAAAACGGAAGAUUGCCGACUACAGCAUGCUGCUGUCUGAAGUGCUGUCUGUACAAAAACACCCUNAG